UUUUCCCUCACAAUCAUCCACUUUCUCAUCCAUUUUCCUCUCCUUUCCCGGAGUAACCUCUUCCUCUCUCUCUCUCUCAUCUCAAUUUUUCUUUUGUUCUCUCUCAUACCCAGAAAAAAUUUCCGAUAAAAAUUCUGUCUUUUUUAAUUUUAUUAGUUGUUUCCGAGAAAAAUCAAUCCGUGUCCUUAGCCCAGAUCCAAAGAUCUCCACGGAACCCUUAAAACUAUUUUCAUGUUUAUAAUUUCUUCGCCGUCAUAAUAGCAGGCAUUAGAUUCAUUGUCCGAUUUAAAAAACCUGUCUUGUACUGUCCAUUCUUUGCCCAAACAGAAGUUUUUUUCUCUGAAUAUUUUUCUUUUCAGAAAAAACAAUCCCUUCUCAUUUUUGUUUCCUUGCCUUGUUUGAUAAUCAGAAACCUUUUUUAGGGUUCGAUUGUCAAUGGGUUUCGUUUAGAUUAUCAAUAGUGUGGCAUAUUUUGUAUUCUAGGAAUUACAUACCUUUAAGCAUUUUAUUUUUAUUUUUAGCUUUGAUUCAUAUAAUAUAGGUUUUGAAUCAUUGGGUUUUGUGUUAAAAAAUUGAUGGAUCUGAGAUUGUAUUGCUAACUUAAAUAUUAGCUUAAGAUUAGGAAUAAUACCCAGAUGGGGGAUGAUCUUUUUGGUUGAAGGGAAGCUAAUUUGGAUCAUAGUUUUGGUUGUUCUGGAUUGGGAUUGUGUUGAAACUCAAGAAAGGUGAAGUGGGGUUUUGAGUUUCUUUUUUAUUUGUAUAUAUAUUCUCAUUUGGGGAUUUAGAUCAUGGAGCAUGUUAUUGGGGGGAAGUUUAAGCUGGGAAGGAAGAUCGGGAGCGGAUCUUUUGGUGAACUUUAUUUGGGGAUUAAUGUACAAAGUGGAGAAGAGGUGGCCGUCAAGCUGGAAUCAGUGAAGACGAAGCAUCCUCAAUUGCACUAUGAGUCAAAGUUGUACAUGCUUCUUCAAGGAGGAACGGGCAUCCCCCAUCUCAAAUGGUUUGGAGUUGAGGGUGAAUACAAUGUCAUGGUUAUUGAUCUUCUUGGGCCAAGCCUUGAAGACCUUUUCAAUUAUUGCAAUCGGAAAUUCACGUUGAAGACUGUGUUAAUGCUUGCAGAUCAGUUAAUAAACAGGGUUGAAUACAUGCACUCGCGUGGUUUUCUUCAUCGUGAUAUUAAGCCCGACAACUUUUUAAUGGGUCUGGGGCGCAAAGCUAACCAGGUAUAUAUCAUAGACUAUGGUCUUGCGAAAAAGUAUAGGGAUCUUCAGACGCACAAGCACAUUCCAUACAGGGAAAACAAGAAUCUCACAGGAACAGCUCGUUAUGCAAGUGUUAACACUCACCUUGGAGUUGAGCAAAGCAGAAGAGAUGAUUUGGAGUCUCUUGGUUAUGUGCUUAUGUAUUUUUUGAGGGGAAGUCUUCCCUGGCAGGGAUUAAAAGCAGGUACGAAAAAACAGAAAUACGACAAGAUCAGUGAAAAGAAGAUGCUUACUCCCAUAGAGGUUCUUUGUAAAUCAUAUCCAUCAGAAUUUACAUCGUACUUCCAUUAUUGUCGGUCGUUACGGUUUGAAGACAAACCAGACUACUCAUAUCUGAAGAGGCUUUUCCGAGACUUAUUUAUUCGAGAAGGGUAUCAGUUUGACUAUGUAUUUGAUUGGACUAUACUGAAAUAUCCACAGAUUGGAUCCAGUUCAAGAGCACGGCAACCAAGUGGGAAACCGGUUCUAAAUCCUGGGCCAUCUGCAGAGAGAACAGAGAGACCUUCAGUGGGACAGGAGAUUCGAGAAAGAUUCUCUGGUGCAGUUGAGGCUUUUGCGAGAAGGAAUAACUCUGGGCAUGGUUUGCAUGGAGACCAUUCCAGACACAGAACUUCAGAUGAUGCACCAUCGUCAAAAGAUGUGCAGAAACCUGAUUCUGAAAGGGCUCGGAGUUCUUCCCGGAAUGGUAGUGCUUCAAAGAGGCCUGUUUUAUCAAGCAGUCGACCAAGCUCUUCUGGCGAGCCUAGUGAGAAUCGUUCAAGCCGGCUGGUCUCAAGCAGUGGUCGCCUGUCAACAACCCAAAGAAUUCAACCCGGGUUUGAGUCCAAAACCACUUCUUUCUCCCGCAAUUCUGCAGCAGGCACAAGAGGCAGUCGUGACGAUACUCUUAGAAGCUUUGAGCUCCUUUCAAUUGGCACAGGAAAGAGGAAAUAAAUAAAAGAAAGUAAAAAAAAAAAUGGUGAAGACCAUCUGGUAAGUGCUUGUGUCAAAGUUCCAAGAUUCCUUUUGUAGUAGAGCGACCAAAGAUGUCAUCAGCAACAAAAAUGGUUGGUCAGUAAGUCUGUAUAUGCGUAUCCAUUGUUGGGUUCCAUUCACAGUGUAAAAACAUUCAAUGAAGUUUCUCCUUGAGACAAAGUCUUCUUCUAUUUUAUGGCCUUUCCCUUCAAGUAAACACUCCCUCCCUUCCUCUAUAAUAUAUAGCAUCCAAGUAAGAGAUGGAAUUAUCUCACCAAAGGGAAUUGUUUAUAUCUUCUGAGACACUGGUAGCUGUAAUAAGUACACCUCUAUUAUUAUUACUUUUUAAUUUUUGCUA